AUGUCCGAUGAACCUGCUAUGCACAAUGAGCGUCUCAAUUCCAGAUCAUUUGCGAAACGUGCUUCGCCUAGCAAGGACCGUCUACCAACCAACUAUGGGCCUGGUCCAUUCUGCCAUUCGUGUCAAACGAACCAGAUGCUCUUGAUAAAUCUGCUCUCCAAUUAUCUACCCGAUGAAGAGAGUACAGAAUACCAAUCUCGUUUGGAAAUGCUGCCUGCUUACCGCGAAUCCCUUCACGCGCGUUACCCUCCCGUCUGCGAUGCGUGUCUACCGCAGGUGGAAGAAGAAAUACACAAAAAAGAGCAAAUGGCACGCGCGAAAGCCCUUGCAGGAUGGCUGAGCAAAGGCAAAGAUAGAAAACGACGGGUUUCCGGACCAGAGCCUCUACAAGAGAAGAAGAUUUCCGACGAGCUAUUUUGGUGGAGGGUCCGCGGAUACCUUUGGGCAACUACGCUAUGUAUAUCACUAAUAAGCACACUCUCAAUAUACCGCUAUUAUCCAUUCAAACUAUUCUCGUUCUUGCAGCCCAUUCUACCCUUAGUUGCAUGUAUAUCUAUUCUCUGGACGGCUUGGGACCCUACAUAUGCAACCCUCCGCAAGUCACAGACACAAGGACGCGACGUUCGAGUUCAUGGGAAGCGAGAAUAUAUUGCGCUUCAAGUAUUUGUAUGGUGUAUACGUCUCUGUUCGUCCAUUUUGCUCUCUGUGCGAUGGUUCCGGCCAGAUCUAUCGAUACUACAUCUAGAAGCAUAUUCUUCUCAAAUUUAUUUUACUUUGACUUUCACUCUGGAAUUAAGCACAGUUGCACUCUCGUAUUACUUACUACGGAUACAACAGCCCCCAUCAAUACGUCUCAUUGAUACACAUGCCCACACAUAUGAUACGUCGCGGUCAGCCACACCUAACCCAGGUUCUCGCGGAACAACUCCGACCAACUCCAAAUUUCAAUCGUCAAUAGAGCUCGACACCUUGCAGACUUUGUCCCUGUCGUCGAAACCUGUCUUGCCCCCUUCAAAGCCAAUCUUUGGGAUGCCUUCGUUGCAAGGUCCUUUGAGCAUGCCUCAGACGCCUGCACGCCGAGAAAAGACUCUGAAUGAGGAUGACAUGGACUGGACGCCUACACAUCCAGAGACCGUUGGGCGGAUUACUUCGUCGGAGAAGAGCAACAAUGAUUGGUUACGUCCACAGCGGUUUUUUGCCCCUGAGAACCCAACGGGUCUCGAGGGCCUAUUGGAAACCACACGAAUACAAGAAGAUGAGCCUAUGCCAUUUCAAGGAACAACACGCAUUGGCAAUGACCAAAAACCGAGUCAGGGAUGGUUGUAUAUAACAUGUAGUGCAGUCGUAGUGGUUAGUAUAGCGUACACCUUGAAAUGGUCAGGCCUAAUCCAUUGGGCUUUCUAA